AUGUCUACACCAGCAUCGACGCCUUCAGAAGCUGGUAGCUCCGCAGUUCAGUCACUGCGAGAUAUGGAGAUCGAUAGUAAAGCAGCCGAAAAGUCGAUCGAGCGGACUGAGGAGCCUUCCACAGCUAAAGAAGCCGAGAAGGCUGCGGCUGAACCUCUAGCGAAGCCAGGCGAGCAGGACGAGCCACUCGAAUCGAAGACUACCAAAACGACCUGCCACAACACCGACCACAAGAAGAAGAAAGUUCACCGGAAGGUGCCGUCCAAGAAGAUCAAGACCGAAUCCUCGGACUCUGGCAGCUCUACCGACAGCACUGAGGCCACAUCUGAGAGUGAAACUGAGAGCUCGGAAGACGGAAAGCCUGUCAAGCGAAAGACCAAGGGCAAGUCUACCAAGACAUCUGCACGCGAGAAGAAGACUGCCAAGGACAAGAAGCGGCGAAAGAGCACCUCCGAGUCAGAAUCGCCAGCCAGUGAUACAGAGUCCACCGAGGAGGAGCCACUCAAGUCCAAGAAAUUGAAGAAAGCAAAGAAGAUCAAGAAACAGGCGAAGACCAAGAGCUCAGAAUCGACCGAGGACGAGGCGCCAAAGUCGAAAAAGUCGAAGAAGCCUAAGAAGACCACUAAGCUCGCCAGCUCAGAGGAGGACGAUUCAGAAUCAGGCGACGAUGUUGAUGUCGCAGAUACCUUACAAGCGCAAUUCGAUGCCAUCAAGCUAGCCUUUGCGGCCCACAAGGCUGCACCAAGCAAGUCGCGUAGCUCCAAAGACAAGGAGGUCAAGGCGAAGAAGAGCAAGUCAAAGUCGAGUAAAACGAGCAACAAAGACUACAAGCGCGUGGAUCAGCUGUGGGACAGCACAAUACACAACUACACCUUGAAGCCUAGUGCGGAGCAGGAGGACGAUGAGUAUGCCGAGCACGCUUUCCUCAUUCGACGCUGCUUUAACUGGGAGAACAAGUAUACCGAUACGGUCGUUGACAUCAAGUCGAAGCAACUUCGCGCAGUCCUGCAGGAGGUCAUGAAGGACUGCAAAUCUGUAUCAUUAGAAGCUGAGGAGCCGACCUUCGAUCCGAACCUACUUUUCUUGUUCUUAGAGGAGUUGAGAGGAUACUACAAGAAGACUCUCAAAGCCAAGAUCAAGAAGGAGAAGAAGGUGAAGAAGGUGAAGAAGUUGGGGAAGCAGCGCUCCCUGCUCAAAAGUCUCAUCGAGUAUGUCGAUGAGGACUACAAAGACACCAAGAAAACGCUCUACCCUCUUCUGGAAGCCGGUAACAUCACCUUUGACCUCAUGUGGGCUCUCUUCAAGCCCAACGAGAUCGCCGUGACCUCUUGCUACGGCAAUUGGGACGAACCACGCUGCUUUCGCGUCGAUUACGCAACAAAGUGCUGUAGCAUGCAGCGCGGAGACUGGUACACCAUCGAAGGCAAGUACAUGGAGUAUGACGGCAAGAGCUUCGGCCUAGGCGACUUCGAGAUCGAUGUGGACGGCUUCAAAGGCCCUCGCAAGAUAUCCAGCCUCGCCACUUACCCUUUGAGAUACCACAAGGACCCUGCUCGCAUCAGGAAGAAGAUUCUGGAGCGUGGAGAGAGAUUUGUAGCGAUGGAUGGCAUGCAGUAUAAGUUCCACAAGGGCAUGGCCUUCAUGAAGAAGAAGAAGCAGGUGGCGAAGAUCAACGUCAACGGGAGGGUGAUGGUAGAUCCUGCUACGUUCCGCCGCAUCAACCCGAAUUAUCCCAUCUCGUUCAUCAAGCCAAAGGACAUCGACGAUCUCUUCGAUAUCAGUGAGGAUGAAAAUGACGACUGUUCUUGCUGUGAAGAGGAGGGUGAAGCACCAGCUGGAAAGCAAACGAACUCCCAGGACGCCAACGAUAACGCACCAAAGUAUAAGUACAAGUGGUCUAAGAACGAGGAAGGUCGACCUAUGUUCCUUGCUGUGGAAGUGAAUGAAGACGGCGAUCCCAUCAGAAAGCAACGUGUGGACGUAGUGGAGACAUCCGACCAGAAGAAUCGCAAGUUCACGGAAGAGGAACUCCUCCUUACCUCGCCAGUCGUCCUAGGAUUCUCCUUCUCCGACAAGCUGUGGUUAGAAUUCAGCAUCAGCGGCGUGAAGGAGAUUGAGUACAACGACCAAGCCUUCGAGUCCCUAGUGCUGCCUGAUAAUCAGAAAGAGAUCGUGCGAGCGUUGGUGGAGAGUCACAAAUUCCAUGCCGCCAAGACUAUCGACGAUGUUGUGCAGGGCAAGGGUAAAGGUCUCGUCUCCGUCCUUCAUGGUCCACCUGGUACCGGCAAAACACUUACGGCAGAAGGCAUUAGCGAGCUACUCAAAUGCCCACUCUACAUGGUCUCCGCCGGCGAACUCGGCACAGACCCGAGCAAACUCGAAUACGAGCUGCAAAAGAUCCUCGACAUCGCGCACUCCUGGGGCGCCGUGCUCCUCCUAGACGAAGCCGAUGUCUUCCUCGAAAAGCGCGAAGUCCACGAUAUCCACCGCAACGCCCUGGUCUCCAUCUUCCUCCGCCUGCUAGAGUACUUCCAGGGAAUCCUCUUCCUCACGACCAACCGCGUCGACACCUUCGACGAAGCCUUCCAAUCCCGUAUUCACCUCCCACUCCGCUACGGCGACCUAACAACAAAAGCGAAGAAGUCCGUCUGGAAAAUGUUCUUCGAGGUCGUGCGCAAGACUGAUCCUUCUUCUAUCGUCGAUUUCUCCGAUUAUGAAUUGGAUACUCUCAGUAGACAUAUGUUGAAUGGACGACAGAUCAAGAAUGCUGUUCGGACCGCGCAGGCGUUGGCGUUGCGGGAGGCAGCGGUGAUGGAAAUGAGGCAUGUGAAGAAGGUGUUGGAUGUGAGUGAGACUUUUGAGCGGGAUUUGAAGGGUGGGACGGGGUAUGAGGAUGCUAUGAGGAGUUAUACUUGA